GCUUUCCUGCCAUGCAUUUCGUACACACGACACUUGCAAAUAUUUGAGAAUUUAUUCUACUUAUGUCAAUUUACAAAUGACAUUCUCAGCAGAUUACUGUUUUACGUUAUAAAAGGAUUCAAUCAAGGCCUAUAUGGGGAAUACUAUGCACGUGUGAACAUGCAUGGACUUAUGGGCUAUUAAGUCAGGCCGGGUCGACUUGACUUCACCGUGAGCAACAUGGACAGCACGUUUCCAGAUCAGCAUUUCCCACGUUUUUAUUUUGAUGGACCGCCUGAAAACAUACCGAGGCACAGUCUCGGAGGCUGGGGUUCAUAUGAUCGAGUGUUUGACAUAAGGGCUGGGCAGUGUGAUGCAGGACAACCCGCCCAGCAUGAGUUUGUUUCUCAGCACACUGUGAAAGGAGAAGAAUGGGUACCAGUUAAACCAGCUGUAACCCCUUUAAUUCCACCAUGCAGCGAUGCCAAAGUCUUAUUUGGUCCUCCACCAGAUCCAAUGGAUUUUCCAGAGCAUAUGCAGUAUUAUUACCAGCAUUACUGCAUGGAUGCUUUUUCUACAAUGGGAAAUCUUCUAGCUGAUAAUUUCACAUUUAAAAAAAGAAAUAUAAAGGGUAUGAAGAGUAUAUACUGGGCUAAGAAGUUCCUGAAAACCCUGAAUUAUAAAGGAUGUCAAGUUAGAAAUUACUGGAAGAAGGUCCGUCAGCUUCAUUAUCUUGUCAGUGAUGUUAUGAGUGACAUUCCUCCAUCUCUCCUCGCCGAGCACCUCCAUGAGGAACUGACAUCGCAGAGGGAACAGCUGCAGUUCUGCUCUGAUCUGACAGGGGGUGCUGUAGGAUACAUGCCCUUAUAUGAGGCACAGGGCAGUGCUGAGGGCUGUCUGAUUUAUCCUAGUGGAAAUGCACUGGAGAAACUCAACUUCCACAGGGUUGUUCUAGAGUUCAAUGAUGACAAGCCUCCCAGUUUUGUAAUGGACUCAAGCCCUUUUGACUUUGAGCUGAAUGGAACCAUCAAACAGCUCAGUGUGGGCAACAUGGAGGAUCAAGGUAAUGUGGGUGUGCGAUCGGAUUAUUUUUGUGGCUCAUGGGUACUAGGCGAAAAGAUGAGGCCACGGAUACAGGAAGUCAUCCAGUCGAACGAUCGUUACUCCUGCAUCACUGUCAGUCCACAUGUUCCAGAUGAGCUUGUUGUGGCCACUGAGUAUGGAGCUGCCUAUCUGUGGACUGUGAAAAAAGGAUUGCAGAAGUUCCGAGAGGAGGAUUCUAAUCUGUAUUUCAAUGCCAAGUCCCCAUGGCGAUGGUGUGAGUUCACAUGCCACCCGAGAGUAAUGGUGUAUGCAGACAGAACAGGGGCAGAGAUUACAGACGCAAGGAACCGUGAUUGUUAUCAAACACUAUUCCGGAUUGGAAAGACGGCAGCUUGUGUGAGGGGGGAGAGAGUGUUACUAGCCAAGUACCUGAGUGAAAGCCACGCCCAUCACCACCUCAUCACUACCCAGUUGUCCGCUUACAUCAUGGACGAGCGCGUUCCUUGUGUGCCCGUGCUGAAAUGGGAUCAUAUGAUGGAGUCCGAGCCGGUGUUUGCCUGCAGUCUGCCGGCAAUGUCCCAAAGCAAAAACUGCAAAGUGCUUCUUGGUUCUCAGAGGUCACAGGACAUCAUGUUACUGCAGUACACGGGUGGGCGGAUGCGUGCCUGUCAGGCUCGUGGUCCCAUUCAGAAGCUCUUUAGUCCUAGAGAGAGUCUGAGUCACCUAAAUCUUCUGCUACCCCACAAGAGACACCUCGCUGAGAAGAGACUGAAUGUACCUGCUGCAGGUCUCACAGCUGUUCAGAAUAUGGACUACCUAUCUGUUUUCCAGCUCACUGAGACUGGAGACAUCUUUUUCCAAACACUGAAACUACACACAGAUGAAACCACUACUAACAACAACCUCCCAGAACCAGCUUCAUCCUCUGUCAGUGUAGAACAUACAAAAGGACCUGGAGUGAGUGAGAACUUGCAGUCCACCGCAAACAAUGACAACCAGAGUUACUCUGAGGUUGAGAUACGCCAAAGAGUGUGUAGUCAACUGGAAGUAAUCGACAAUGUUGAAAAGGAUCACUCCCCUGCUUCUGAUACAAAUGAAGACAUUAGCAAGGAACCCAAUGGUACCUCCUCCAAAAGACAACCCAACCAAAAGAAAGAUCAUGAUCUUCAGGUUGCUUGGAACAAGUGGCUUAAGCCAAUAUUUACAAAGGUUGCAGGCAAAAAACGACACCAUCAUCAUCAUCAAAUCAAAACCAGAGGUUUAAUAAAAUUUAAAAUGACCAAGACAGAUAAACUAAAGAAAGUUCGCCAGAAGAGUUUAAGGAGAGACCUUCAAGAGGUCAUGAAGAAAAAGCAGUUGCUCCUUCACGGGGCCACACACCUACCUCUCCUGAAUGUGACCCCUGUGCCUGACCCUGUAGAUCCCAAAGAGUGGCCAGAUGAUCUGAGCCAACGGUUGACAGCAUCGUGGGAUGGCGAAUGGAAAAACUGGUGGGAAGAGAAACUGGGUCUGAAUCGGGAGAAGAAAAUGGAGGCUCUUCGUAGAAAGCGUAGAAGAGAAAAACAAGCCAGAGCUUGGAGUCGCACUUCGCUUUCUGGAAGCUUUACCUCAUCGGUUAGCUACCAGGAUGAUCUCUCUGGAUACUCAUCUGCACUUAGUCAGGGUUUCGAUUCGGAUGGAGACUCGUUGGGGAACUCGCAAGCAACGGAAGUGAUAGAUGGUACAUUGGAAACUGCGAUGCACAGAAAGAGCCCUGUUAUUAUGAGACAGUAUCUCGAAGAUCAACAUACCCUUGAGCAAGAACCGGUCGAAUCUGCCUCAAGAAGUCCUCUGAGAAGAUCUGGGCAUGAACAUAAAGACUCUUCAUCAAAACCACCAACCCUAGGCAGCUCUAGUUCUUUGGACGUUGGUCUUCGUCCUGCAUCGGCAACCUUGACACCGAUACAAAAGAGCCAAUCAAAACUGCACUACGAGGAUUAUCUUAAUUCUUUAUUUAGUUCGCAAGAGCCUACUCAAGAGCACGCUGAACAAGAGGGUGGAUUUUCUUUCUCCCAGGUAUCUACAGCUUCCCAGCUCUCCUUGUCAUCUCGGAGAAUUUCUCAAGUCAGAGCCUCCGCACAGGCCUCCCAACCUAAGAAAAAGUCCCGCAUGGGCUUUUAAAAACAGCCACCCAAACAAGGAAUGCUGGCAAGGGUGCGCUCCUUACCUUUCGCUCUCAUCCCAGGCACCCUCUGGAAUGGUGGGCAGCUCUGGGAUGCUACAGUAGCUGUUGUGCAGUUUUUGUGCUGUUCUCCGCGAGACUUUCCAGACCAGUUUCCUGUGGUCCGG